GGCUUCAUAGCUUCAGUGAAGCGCCUGUGGAAUAAGACACUUAAAGUGAUCCUGCUAACUGUCAAUAUACGUUUUGUGGAUAAUAUUAGAACAUAUAUUUUUUUAUUGUGAGCUUUUGUCUUGCGGACUUUCCGGGAAAGCUUUAUUGUGGUCGUGAUUAUUUUUCCUGUCGCUUUUCCUGACACUCCGGUGCACCAGCUGAGUCGGGUGAAAUAACACAUCAGGACUUUUGUUUUCACCUGAUAACAAACUGAAAAGAAAAGUGACCAUGGCAGAGACAUCGGCAGCUCCAGCCAAAGAAAAGGCAGCCAAGCCCAAGAAACCUGCUUCUCAUCCCAAAUAUUCGGAGAUGAUUAAAGCAGCGAUCGCUCACGACGCAAGCCGGAGCGGAGCGUCCCGUCAGUCCAUUCAGAAGUACGUGAAGAAGACCUACAAGGUGGGCGACAACGUCGAUGUGCAGAUUAAACUGGCACUGAAGAGGAUGGUGGCAAGUGGGAUACUCCGCCACACCAAAGGCAUCGGUGCGUCCGGAUCCUUCAGGCUGGCCAAACCAGAGGACACCAAGAAACCAGCAAAGGCAGCGGUAUCAGCCAAACCAAAGAAGGCUGCGAAGCCCUCUAAACCCAAGAAGGUGGCCAAGCCUAAGAAAGUGUCCAAAACGCCCGAAAAACCCAAGAAGGCAGCUGCGAAGAAAGUGAAAAAGGUGGUGAAAAAGGCGACACCUGUGAGCAAAAAGGCACCAGCUAAGAAAGCCAAGGCGGCCAAGCCAAAGCCAAAACCAGCAAAGAAGGCAGCCAAACCCAAGGCAAAGAUGCCCAAAAAGGGAGCAAAAGCAUCAAAAAAGAAGUGAAGGACAAUAUCAGAACUUAACUGUAAAUAUUUAAGGAAAUGUUUUCGUAUAUGUAUUAUUUUUGUAAGGUCUCAUGCAAACUUAAGCUAAAUUUACCAAGUUUUUCCUCCAUUGCACUAUUGACUAAGAUGCUGUAGAAAUUAUUGUGAUCGUUUUAUUUGGCAUUAAUAAUGUUGUUAAUUUCUCUCUGAACCUUGGAUACAAAUAGACUGAAAAUUAAAAAAAUGUAUAUAAAGUUGAACUCACGGUUAUUGUUAGUGCACGGAGUCAUUCUGAAACUCAAAGUGUGUCAAUGGGGAGCAUUAUGGAGCUCUUACAAUAUACAAUUGAUGGCCAGUGACAACAUGAUUCUUCAGAAGGCUCUAUUACGCUCCAUUCUUUAUACUUUCUCAUGUUAAGAUAACACGUAAUAUAGAAACCCAUCAUACUGUGUUCAUUUACUUUAAAACACUGUUUAUACUGAUAUUAAAUAAACCUUGUUCAUUUUCUUCUAA